CCGAUCUUCGGUCUAUGGAGAUUGUGAUAAGAUAAGCAUCGAUAAGAUAAGAGCGGGGCCAGAACUUAUCGACCAAUUUUCGGGUGUCGCCCUGGACAGCCAAUUCCAACGUCAGUCUCUUGGCUCGAACAGUUUCUUCCGUGACCGCAAUACCUUGAGCAUGUCUUCCAGCAACCGAAACGAAUUCCUUGACGCUGGCGACAGCGACGACGAUGUGGGCCGCGACUACGACUCCGACGAUGACUUACAGAAAGGAGGCCGAAGUGCAAAGCGUCAGAGAGUGGAGGUCCCCGACAGUGAUGCCGAGCCGGACGAGAGCGAUGCUGAUGGUGCAGAAUUGGGAGAGGGCGACGAUACUGAAUCCAAGAAAAACUUGAGUGAGGACGGAAAGCCGAGCGAACAGGAUGGGACGAGCCAAUUGCCCAAGAGCCAAAAGCUGGAACUCCCCGACAUCACAAGACCAAUUACCAAGAAGAACCUCGUUGCGACUGAGGCGGCCAUCAAAAAGUCUGGCGUAGUCUACCUGUCAAGAAUCCCACCCUUCAUGAAGCCUCAAAAACUACGAUCACUUCUUGAGCCCUACGGGAAGAUCAACAGAAUCUUCCUAACGCCCGAGGACCCCGCCGAGCACAGCCGCCGCGUCCGCAACGGGGGCAACAAGAAGCGGUGCUACACCGAGGGGUGGGUGGAAUUUGUGAAGAAGAAGGACGCCAAGAAGGCAUGCGACCUGCUCAACGCGCAAACCAUUGGCGGCAAGAAAUCCAGCUGGUACCGCGACGAUGUGUGGGCGCUGAAGUACCUGAAGGGUUUCAAAUGGCACCACUUAACAGAACAAAUCGCUGCCGAGAACGCCGAGCGUGCCAGCAGAAUGCGCGCCGAAAUCAGCAGGACGACCCGGGAGAACAAGGAAUUCGUUCGGAACGUCGAGCGGGCCAAGGUUCUCAACGGCAUACAGGCCAAGGCUGCCGCGAAGAGGAAAAAGCUCUCCAAGGGAGACGUGGAGGAGGAGGAGGGGGCCGCGGAUGGGGCUGGUGUGGCUAACGGCGGGACUACGCAAGAGAGAAGACGGACGUUCAAACAAAUACCGCUGGCAAAGAAGAGGAAACAAGACGAGCAACCCGAGCAAGUCCAGAGAGUUCUUAGUAAGAUCUUCUGACCUGACUUGGCGUGUGGAACAAGGAAGGAUAGGUUCUGGAAUCUGGAUUCCGUCUCUUGUCAGACAUUUGCCUACUCAUUUUGACUUGUGUACGUAAUUAUACCCAAGCAUAGCGCUGCUUCUUUGCAAUCGAGCUUGUUCAGGCCAGAAUGUUGCCAGUCAUGGAACCUCAUCGCUCUGAGAAGUUGGAGG